AAGAAAGUAAACAACACAAGAAGAAAGAAAACAACAACAACAUAACAAAGAAAGAAAAAAAAGAAAUGAAAUAUAAAAAACAACAAGAAGACUGGAAGGCAAAAUACAAUUCAGAAGAAGAAGAAGAAGAAAAGAGAAGACCAAAUUAUGCCUGUAAGAAAAUAGGCACAGUAGAAGACAUACAAAUUAAGAGAAGCUUUACAAAAGCACGAGCAAUAUUGAAGAUAAACAGAGAAAGAGAAGCAGAAGUACCAUGGGCAAUACCAAUAGGUGACGAUAAACUAGCAAGAAUUACAGAAAAUAUAGAAGAUUUCGACGAACGAAACAGACGAAGCAAGAUAACAGCAAGAUUAAGAGGUGUGCCAAGGGGAGCAUCGGAGAAAUGGUUAGCAAAGAGUGAUUGCAAUAAUAAAGAUAACCAAGACAGAUCGAAGAGAUCACGAUCAAGAGAAAAAGAAGAAAAAGUAAUCAAUACAAGAAGAAAAAGAGAAGAAGAAAAGUUUAGUGAAGAAUCUGAAUAUAAAGAGAGUGAAGCAGAGGAAUCAGUAAAAGAAGAAACAAGGAAAAAUAGGAAGAAGAAUUUUAAAGAAGCGAAGCAAAAAAGAACCAAAAAUAAAGAAGAAACAAGUCAAUAUAGUCUAGAAACAGCACUGAAAGAAAUACUAAAAAGACUGGAUAACCUAGAACGAAACCCUAAAACAAGAGGGAGAGGCGCUAGACGCUCCUGA